GCACAACACAAAACUAAAAACAAUCGACCCACGCACACGCGCGUAAGAGCACAACUAAUCGCAGGCAGUCUCUUCUUGUGUUCUUCUCUAGUUCAUUUCUUCAUCGGUGAAAUAAUCAAAUUAAUCAAUGGCCGAGGAAGAAAAGAAGGCGACAGUAGCAGAGGAUAAGAAACCGGAGGAGGAAUUGGAAAAGGCGGCGGCAGAAGAAGAAGAGAAGAAAGAGCCGCCGCCUGAAAACGAGAAUAAGGAGGAGAAAAAAUCGCCGGAAAUUGUUCUAAGGGUUUUCAUGCACUGCGAAGGAUGCGCUAGAAAGGUCCGCCGGUGCCUCACAGGCUUUCAAGGUGUGGAGGAAGUGGAAGCAGAUUGCAGGGGGAGUAGAGUAGUGGUGAAAGGUGAGAAAGCAGAUCCGGUAAAGGUAUUGGAAUGGGUACAGAAGAAGAGCCACCGCAAAGUGGAGCUUAUCUCUCCAAUCCCUACACCACCACCGCCGCCGCCACCUCAACUAAUAACUGAGGAGCUUCACAAAAUUGAGGAGCCAAACGUAAUUACUGUGGUGUUGGGAGUUUACAUGCAUUGUGAUGCCUGUGCUCAAGAAAUCAAAAGGCGCAUCCAUAGAAUGAAAGUUCAAAUUGUAGAGCCAGAUUUAAGAGGCUCACAAGUUAAAGUCAAGGGUUUCUUCGAACCUCAGAAACUCGUCGAUUAUGUGUACAAAAGAACUGGAAAACAUGCUACGGUCAUCAAAGUCGAGCCCGAAAAGAAAGAGGAACCGAAACCCGACGAGACCCAAGAAGCCAAAGAGUCGAAAGAAAACAAAGAGAACAAAGCCGAGAAGGAAUCUGAAGAAAAGGAAGAAAAGAAAGAGGAACAAAUUGGCAAAGAAAACAACGAAGACGCCGGAGAAGAUGGCGGCGCCACCACCACCGCCGCCGCCGGAGGUGGUGACGGUGGCGGCGAGCCGCCAGCUAAGGAAGAGGCUGAUGAAGCUAAGGACCAGAAGCAAGAGUUGAUAAAGAAGGAGUUUUACUAUUACUACCCACAAAAUCACCAGUUGAAUUACCCGAUUUACCCUCCGAGGUUUGUGCACGAAAUCAACGCUUAUCCUCCACAGAUGUUUAGUGACGAGAACCCAAAUGCAUGUUCCGUUAUGUGAAUAUGGGGGCAAUAUGGGUACAAAGGGAAAAUUAAUGGUAAUAUUGUGUCCUUGAUGAAAUAUAUAACCAUGUGGACGUUGACCAAGUCAAGAGUGAAGAAUGAUAGCUUGUAUUUAUGUCCACCUUUGCAUGCAUGGGACCACUACUUUUAUUUUUGAAUUCCUUGUCUUUUAGCUAUGGUUGUUAGGGCUUUGAUCUCUACAUAUAAAUAUUGUACACAGUGAACUCAUUGGGAAUAGAAUACACAUAAUUUCAG